GGACAACACACAAGGCCCUGCCCGCAGGAGAGAGAGCACAACAGCAGGGCAGAUCUGCCUUGUCCAGCUAGAAGCUCCAACCGGAAGAUCAAGAUCCGCCCCGGCAGACAGAGAAUGAACGCGUCGCCAUCCUCCACCGACACUGUCGUGCCGGCCGAUGCCGUGGGAGGGGAGGCCUGGAUGGAUGACACCCACACGCAUGCCGACAGCCGACAGCCUCUCGACCAUGUGCGGCUGCUUCGUGACAAGGUGGCGGCUUACCUGCACGGGGCUGGGAUGGACCACCCCUGCACCGAUGCACCCGACGACGUGCGAUUCGCAUGGGAACUCGAAACUGCAAGGUGCAGAUGGUGCCUUCAUGCUUGGUUGUGGUCUGCGUUGGCAUGUGUUGUGUUGUGUGUCAGCCGCAUCCAGGGAUCGCUGCGGGAACGGUGUCAGCUGAUGCGCGAAAUGGUCAUGAUGCGGGGCGCUGAGCUGCCCGAGAGCUCCGUCAAGCACGCCGCGGAGGAGCGGCUGCACAUGCCCGACUACCAAGAGGCCAUCCAGAGGGCACAGCAGGAGGCCAGCAAGCUGCUGGGGGCCGACCAGCAGGAGGAGGACGAGAUGCUGGAAUUGCUAUCACAGGAUGGUAGGCGCAGCGACACCGCACCCACCGCAGGGAGAGAGAAGGUGCCAGGCCUAGGUGUGGUUGUGUAUGUCGAUCAGAUGAGGGCAGUGUGACGACGGCGUACGGCACCCCUCAGCACAUGGAGGACACCACCAUGGCGGCAGGAGGGCAAGGAAACCGCCCACAGACGGGUACGGUAGAUACGAUCGGCGCCGACAUUGGUGCAGGCAGGCACGUGUGUGGGAGGGACCCUAAUGCCGUCUGUGUGUUGUGUGUGUCUGCCUGUGCUGUGCAGAUUUGCGUCGGGUGACGGCGGUGUCGGAGCUGGAGUCGCUGACCGAAAAGCACGGCAGCGGUCUGUUCCUCAAGCUGAUGGAGAUUUACCAGAUCGACAGCAGCUCCUGGCGCGCAUCGGCAUCGCUCCAGCAGCUCCAGCAGAUGGCAUCAGACAUCGGUCAGUAUUUAUUGUGCGACCCUCCCUCCGCAGAAACAAACACCAUAUAGCGUGAUGUGUGUGCGCUGCCUGUCCGUCUGUGUGUAUCUGCUCCAUGGAUGCAGCUGCAGAGGCGAGGCGGUCGGCUGCUGCUCACGCCCCCCCUCCCACCAGCACCAAGAGUACCAUCACCACCAUCAAGCCCCGUGACCCACUGCAGCCACGUGAGCAGCCGACCGACACAGUGCAGCGUCUAUGCCCGUGUGUGUGUGAGUGAGUCUGUCGUGUGUCGUGUGUGCAGAUGACGUGUACGUGAGCGACUGGCCUGCGCGUCUUGUCGGUGUGGACCCAUCGGCCGCAGAGGUGCACCGCGGCGACUUUCCCUCAAGUGAGGAUGGAUGAUGGAUGGAUGGAUGGACACAGACCGCUCCAAGUUGGUGCGUCUGUCUGUAUGUUAGAUCACUCUACAGCUCUGACGGUCAACAUACGGAUGGCCCUCAAGAAGUGGAAGGUCAUCAGAUACUCAUGGAGCUCGGAUGAAUUCCCCCUCGAGAGCUUUGACGUCUCUUGCACACUCACAACCGACAGGUGGGUGCGUCAGAGAAAGAGAGAGAGGGUCGGAUGGAUGGAUGGAUGGAUCGUUGGCUGGGUCAGGCUGUGGAAGUACUGGGACCACGAAGAGAGCCGCGUCGUCAAAGCCACCCUGCACUCCGGCAGACAUGGACAGGCAGGACACAAGCAAGAUGCACACUUGGGAUGCGUGUGUGUGUGUGUGUAUGUGUGUGUGUGUGUGUGUGUGCAGGAUUUUGUGUUUCUGUGCGAGUGGCCGAUGGAUUUGCUGCAGGCGCUCUUCUCCCUCCUCAAUGCACAGUUCACAAAGGAGUUCCAACACCGACGUGCAGAGUAAGCAGAGCGACACACUCGGACGCACAGAGACAGACAUACAUGUGUGUGGUGGGUGUGUGCGUGGGGUGCACCAGGUCGAUUGGUGAGCGCGCCAUGCGGUGCAUCUUCUCUGCACCGGUUCUGAAAUCGAAACUCUUGGUCAGCACCAACACGCACACACACACUCACACUCCGGAUGCCUAGAUGUGGAAAUGCCCUGUCCGCAAUAUUUGUCAGACGUCGUGGUUCCACUACCUCUGUGCCACCGGCCAGACGGACCAGCCCACCGAGGUCCUCCAAGACCCAAACACCUACUACGACACACACGCCCACGCCCCCACCCCCACACACACGCCCACAAGUCGCCCGCACCAGCACAACCAGCACAACCAGCAGCAGCAGCGGCCUACUCCCACAUCUGCUUCCAUGCCCAAAGAAGACACAAAAGGUGAGGAAAGGGCACGAGAGAUUCACUUAAUUACCAUCUCACAGCACAUAGAUACAUUGAUGUGGGCGUCUGGGUGCUCUGCUGCAGGGGGAGGGUCGGUGGAUCAGUGGCGGUCGUGUCUGCUGAGCGGCCCCCUGCCAGACAGCGUCAUGUGGACAGGAUUCCUCGACAGGCAGCGGGACGGCGUGUCGGAGAGCGACCUCACCCUGGUGGUCAUGUACGUGCUGCAGUACUGGCGGGUCUCACUCUACUACCUUGUGAGCAACACCAGGCUUCAUGGUGGGUGGACACACAGUGGACACAUAGUAUAUUGGGUGUGUGUCGGGUGUGUCUGUGCAGCUGACGGAGCUUGUUCCCUGUGAGAGUGAGAAUGACUGCGGCGUGUUCGUCCGGCUCGACCCCCAACCGUGAGCAGCAAGCACCACACAGCACACGCCCACACACCACCAGAAGCAAGCUGCUCGAUGUGGUUUGAUCGAUUCCCUUAGGUUGAAGCGUCCCGGCAAGGACCGCCAGGGCCACAUCACGACCCUAUGGCGGCUGUGCAUACACUACGGCGACAAGAUGCAGGUGCGCGGCACACACACACACACACACAGUUGCCUUGAUGCUGUCUGUCUGUCUGUCUGUUGUGGCCCCUGCUUCUCAGUCCGUUGCGUGUGUGACGCAGUGGCCCAGGGCGGCCAUGGAGGCGCUCGUCGACCUCAUCAAUCUGACGCUGUCAAACAUUCACCACACAUACAAGUAUGUCAGUGGGCGGGCGGGCGGGCGGCACACAACACAGCCACACCCACCCAUCGAAGGCUCUUUAUCUGCCGGUGUGUGUGUGUGUGUGUGCGUAUCAGGGAGACCGGUGCCUUGGGGGAUGGCUAUGCUGGCAAGAAGAACAUCGUCCAGCAGCUGUUCACACCCGCACUCAUAGAGGCCGCACUCAUGGUGCCCUCCCGCCCCCCGCCCCCCGCACACCCCCAACCACACACCACACACACGCACACCUGCCUCUCCUCUCUCCUCUCUCCCCCCCACUCAGUGCUCGUGGUUCCAUUACGUCAACACAGAGGGCUACAUGAGCCACCGACGGGAUGAGUUCCGGAGCCUGCAGGCAUUCAGGGCAUGGCGCCACGCCAUGGAGGACGGCCACAGCACGCCGUCAACGGUCCCCUCCAGCGUGGUCAGCACACCGCGGGGCGGCCGGACGCCCGCACGACCCGCCAGGGGAAGGCAGGGCAGGGGGGCGUAGGGGGUGUGGUGGAUGGAGGGGGCUGGGGUGGGACGAGAGGCGAGGACAGGAUAGGAGCGGUGCAGGUGGCUGACUGAAGGUUUAGUGGUGCGGUUUUUGUGCGGUGCGUGGCGGGUUCAUGGUUCAGUUGGCUUUCUUCAGUUUGUAAGACUUGUCAGGUUAGGUGUUUCUGGAUGGAUGUGCACUCGGAUGGUUCGGUAGGAUGGGUGGGAUGGAUGGGAUGGUAUGGGUGGAUUGACGUGAGGUUUGCGUGAGAGCCUUCCCCUUGUGUGUGAGCGAACAGACACACAGACACGCGACGCGCCUACCACACACAGCUGUCUGAACGAGCCAGGACGCCAACCAC